CGCAGUGUCACUUAAAGAUAUCAAGGAUUGGAGGGAAGCAGAAAAGUGUCAAGUCGAUGUCUCAAAGUCAUCCACAAAAGGUCAAGUCCCAUGGGAGGAAAAGUAUGUGCAGAAACUGCUGCAUUAUGAACAGAGAAAGGAACAACUGGCACUGUGUGAUGAUGACACCAGGGCUGGAAUGCUUGCUGGCCAAUGUCAAGAGUUAGAUCAGGAUCUGAAGACCCUCGAGCAGAGGCAUGGCAUCCAGCGCUGGUGCAACGACAACCCUGCCUUCAUAACCCACCUGGCAGUGAUGAAGGGAAAGCAGCAGGUGGCACUCAUCCAAAAGCUGUGGUCACAUGCUGUUGAGUACACCUUUUUUUUGGACAUGUCCAAAAAGUAUUCAGAGGGACAGUCUGUGGCCACCAGACUAAGUAAGCAGAUACGGAAGUCUUCCAAAGCUUUGAGGAAACUGGUAUCUGCUUACAACAGCUGUGACUUCACUACACCACCGUCGUCAACAUCCCACAAAGAUGUGAUUGACUUGACUUCACAGCUGUACACAAACUUGACGGUGACAAAACAGGGUAGCACACCCAUUCCCUCCUCAACACGGCGAAGAGCUGUCGAUCUCAUCAAUUUGAGUGACCGGGCCAAGGAGGAGACUGCACUGGUUGAGAAGGAAAUGGCUCGAGUUCUCCAAUCAGUGUCAGACCGACACAACCAGUUGGUGGCACUCGUGAAAGAUCUGCGCUCGGCUGAGGCUGAUAGGGCUGAGGGCCUGCUGUUUUUAGUUGGGAAUGCCAUCCAAGAGCAAGAACAGCUGCACCUCAAUCUGGAAAAGUGUUUUUCAAAUUAUAUUCCCAUAUCAUCUUGCACCCCAUUUUUCAGGUCUACCAUACUUUCAGCAAUUUCUCCAGAACUUUCACCAUCAGAUGAGACUCCACUGUCUUCAGAUUCUUCAUCUGACGAAAGUGAGGAUGAAGCUGUUAGUGAUUGAUUUCUAAACUGAGCUGAUAUACUGACAACUCAUCCAUUUGGUUGAUUUUGUGAUUUUGUUAUGUUUGUGUUUUUUGGUUUUAAAGGUCACUUUUGGAAGUCUUUACGCCAACAUUCCAAAUUCUUGUCAAAAUCAGUCAUAUUAACUAAUACAGAAUUUGACCUAGCUACGUUAUGUUAUUUACGUUGAAACUGCUUGAUAUAAUAUUCUCAUUUUAAUCUACUUAUGCAUCAAAAUGAUCAAACAUUGAUAGCAGACUGUGUCGCCAAGAAAUAUGUUUAAUGCAAGCCCGCAUUACAGAAAACAGAGCAUUUUCUUAUUGGUCAGUAUGUCAGGGCCAAAGUAUGUCUUCAACGAUGCUUGCUUUCUUUGAAAACACAAUUACCUUCUAUGCUGCAAGAUAUAUAUAUGUAUAUAUAUAAUGAUGCCCCCUAUUUUUGUACCUGUCCAGUAUGACCUUUUUGUAAAUAAGAACAGGUUUAAUUCGCUGUCCAUUGAUCACAGUAAUGGUAUGUUUUGCUGAACAUCAACAUUAAUCUUUAUUGUGAUACGUGGAAUUUUGGGGUUUUUUUUACCGUGUAUAUGUCUAAAAGUAUAAUGGGAAUAGGCCUAGUACAUGAAUGAUUUGGAUGAAUAUUUUGUUAACAGGUAGCGUAUACACGUACAAUGUCCUUACAAGUGCGACAUGCAGAGCUUUGUUGAAAAUAUGGGGCUCCCUUUGGGUUUGAUGAUUUUUUGUCUCGUCCUCGAUUUGUAUUUUGAAGUACAUGUAUAUACAUGUAUAAGUUAACCUUCCCUUUACUAUGAUUGUCUA